AUGUACGAGUACGACGACCAGCAGUUCAAAGAGGAGGCGUUGCGGGUGAAGGCUGCUGAGGUAAUUCAGAAGCGCUGGAAGGAGUAUGCCGCUCGACGCGAGGCCGAGGCGGAGACGUGGCGCGACAAGGCGGUCCAUCUCGGUGCUGCUGCUGCCGCCGCUGCAGCCGCCGUGGUGGCCGCAAAAGAGGAGGAACCCACGGCUGCCGUCAGCGUGACGGAGGAGCCGCAGCGGCUCCUAGCGGAGUACACCCGUCUGGUAGAGCAGCGCAAGGCUGUGGUGGAGCGAAGCCUCUCCUGCCAGCGGCAGCUGGCGCGACACUUUGCGUUGCAGCGGCAGCGGAAGGGCGAGGAGCGGCCGCAGGCGGUCUCGCCUGAGGCAGAGCAGCAGUACUGGCUGGCGGUGCGGCAGAUGCGGGACGAGCAGCAGGUGGUGCAGAGCCAGAAGGAUGCGGCGGGGGCACUGCUGUCGGAGAUAAAGCAGCAGCAUCAGAGCACCAUUGACGCGGCGCUGGCGCAGGAGGAGGAGUUCCGUGAGUACAUCAAACAACUCGCCCAGGAGUCGGUCUUUGUGCGCACUCACCGGCAGCUUACGGCGGAGGAAAUUGCGGCAUUCCUCGAGCGGGAUAAGGAUCAGCGAUUCAAAAUCCGGAACGCCCGCAUCCGUCACCUGCUACUCUGCCACGAUCUGGAGAAGCUGCAGCGAGCCGCUGCGCAGCGGGAUCUGCAGCAGGACGGUAUGAACCUCAUCGACUUUGAGCAGCUGAAGAUUGAGAACACAAACCUGAACGAGAAGAUUGAGGAGCGCAACGAGGACCUGCUGAAGCUGCGGCGCAAGGUCACCACCACCAUUCACGUGCUCACCCACGUGAAGGAGAAGCUGGAGUUUAUGAAGGUUGAGAAUAUCCAACUGCGGCGGCAGGUGUCUACGACGGAGGAGGAACUCAACGAGCUUCGCGACAAGCUGGCACAGACGAAGCGGCGCCGCGACCAUUUCGCCACCAGCAACAUUAAAAUGCGGGAGAAGAUGCCGAUGGUGGGGUCCGAAAAGCUCCUCUUAGACUACGAGAGGCGUAAGGCGGCGUGCAAGGCGAUGCGGCAAGACGUCUUGGACAACGCCGCGAAGCACAAGGAGCUGCUGGCGGCUAUCGACCGGAAUCAAGUGGUGUUAAACGGCCUGCAGAAGACGCUGGCGCUGGGCAACCCAGCGAAUGUGGGGGUGGCGCAACUGAGGGCGAUGACGUAG